AUGGACUCAGCAGAAGAGCGGCCCACGCUGCAGGAGACGCUAAACUUACUGCAUCAAGCAUCUAGAACAACAGCAAAGCAACGGACCGUCAAAGUCUCCAGCAUAGUCGAUGUCAUCUGCCGUUACGCCUCGGAAGAUGGUCUUGACCAGGAUGCGCUGCGAGACAUAGUGCAGCUUGCGUCGGUGAAGACCCUGCUAGACCAAACCACCAUCACGACCUUGAUAAAGAACUUGUACCCGUCUCAAAAGGUUCCAGGCGAUGUUGUUAUUACUAUUGUUGGUGCGCUUGGGCAGGGCAAGGGCAAGCCUUCGCCCGGUACACAAGACAGUCUUGUGAAAUGGCUCAUCGCGAUCCAUGAGGUCGUGGAAAAUUCGAGCGUCCUGUCCCGACUAUAUGGUGUGCUGUUUGGCAUGCUCGACAUGAUCAGUAUCAGACUAGAGCUGUCUCGCGGUCUCGGCAACGAGCCUGCGCUCCAGGGUCUCCUCCGUGUCUACAAGGAUUACUAUCCCGAUAUAAUACUCGGAAGCACUUCCACAAGCCGGAAGUCGUUCGCUCCGCGACCUGAUGCCGAAUGGCAAGCCAAGAUCGUUGCCAUCCAAGAGGCUAGUGUGGCGGAAGACGACUCGAAUGUAGACGGGCAGAACGGUUUCAAGGUGCUACGAAGAAGACUCAAGGGCAGCAAAGGAUCGGCGAUUCCGGACGUGCAUACCUACCAUGCGACCGAGAGCUCAGCAACCCUUGAGGGCAUUGAUAGCGUGGACGAUUUUGUGGAGAAGCUCGACAGGAUAGAGCCACCGGGCCAGCUGGUAGCGCUCCUCGUGGACCCGUUGCUACAGAAGUACAUCGAUCUGAAGCCAUCAUCAAUCACAGCCAGUCGAUUAGGAAAUUGGCUUGCGACGUGCCUGGAAGAGCAGUUCGACGAGUGCCGACAAGGUGCUGCGAACGACAAGUACCUAUCUGAAAUCCUCGAUGGACUUCUCAGGUACGCCCAGUACACUAAGUCACUGCAUCCUACAGUAUUGAGGUUCCUUCGCGCGUACCUACCGAUAUGGGACGGUCAGCAAGACCUUGACUCUUUAUUAAGCCUCGUCUCUUAUGUUCCGAUCGAACUGUUCGAUGACGCCCAUACGACCUAUCUAUUUUCUGUCGAACGAGCUCUAGCACCUCAUGGCAUCACUGCGUAUGCGAAGCUCGUCGAUUUCUACACGGCUUUACUGCAGCACCAAAUGACCCAAACAGCAUCUGGACCUGCCGAUCAAAGAGAGACGAAACAGGAAGUACUGAGCGACCUAGUCGAGCAUGUAGCCACCUUAUUCACUUCGGCUCUCGUCUCCAUCCCCCCAGGUUCCAGCACCACCCUCACAUCAUUCAUCCUCUCGUUCUACGAACUCCUCAGCACCUCCUCGAAACCACACGUCAUCCCCAUCCAUCUCCCGCCAAUGCAUCUCGUCUACCUCCUCUCCCAGGACGCUUCCCCAACAACACUUGCCCGCAUCUGCGGCAUCAUCGGCUCCUACAAGCUAGCGUUCGAUGCGCAUCCCAAGCCGGUCAAAACAUACUACCCCGCAGAAGUCACCGAUGCAUUCAACUGGUGUCUGCGCGACAUGUACAAUCUGGUGUGGGUGUCUCGUGGUCUUCUCGUUCAAGAUCAGAAGAGCAAGGGGUUGUAUUGCGAUACGAUACUAAGGGGUACACUUAACGAGUAUCUACGCAGAGUUGAUCGUGGAUACACUAUUGGGGUUGCGUUUACGUUGUCGUAUAACGCGUGGUUGGCCUCGCUGUCUGCUGCGGCGUGGCGUGCGGUCGAGAAAAGGGAGGUUGGGAAAGCGGGUGAGCGGAAUGUGACGCGGUAUCACGACGGGCCUGUUAGUGAGAAGAGUCUGGAGGUGCUCAAGAGCAAGGGUGGUGUGAGCGUUGAUUGGGAGGGCGCAGAUGGGUAUAAGGUUAUGGUGCUGCAAUGGCUCACUGAGAGGGGCUUGGGUGGGAUUAGGGAUCUGAUGUUCGCUACCGUCAUCAACUUGAAGGGUACGGCCUGA